AUGACAGAUUUUUCUUAUACAUAUUUCAUUUUCUCUCAUAGACUGCUUGCAUAUAAUGACACUUGUACUGCUUGGUUGCUGCCAGUCAUGUUUUUGAAUCAUGUAACCAGUAGAUUGUAUUGUGGCUUCUUUACGACAUUUGUGUAUGCCUACACCUCGAUUAUAACCGGCAGUUGCUCAUUCUCAGAAAUAGAGAAAUCCACAUGUUCCCAGGAAAAUAUAUUUAAAAAGCUUUACACAUGUCCAGAAACAAACAGCCCGGCUAUUACAGAUAAGUAUACAACAAAUAGGAAUUUGAAUGAGCUCAGCAAAAUGACAUCUUUAGCAGUUGUUCCGUAUGAUGAAACCAACAUUCCACUCCAUGAGAAAUCUGUUCGCCAUUUCCAUAUUGCUGGUCACAAUUUCACCAUACAGCAGGACUAUACAGGACUUGGUGUGUCAGCAAUGGUUUGGGAUUCUGCAAUUGUGCUAGCUGAGUACUUAGAAAACCACAAACAUUUGGUGCAAGAUAAGAAAGUACUUGAACUAGGAGCUGGCACUGGUUUAACAGGACUUGUGGCAGCGGCUCUGGGAGCUGAUGUAACACUGACAGAGAGAGCUGAAGCCUUAGCUCACCUUAACUCCUCCAUUCGACAAAACACUCAGAACAGACCAUGGAAGAUUUCAGCGAAAGUCCUAGACUGGACCAAGUCAGUAGAUCCACAAGGAUUCUCAGGUUUUGACGUGGUUUUGGGGUCAGAUAUUAUCUACAUAGAGGACACAUUUGAGGAUUUAUCAAGGACUGUGAAGUCAUUAGCUCAUGAUAAUAGUGUUCACAUUCUGCUGUCGUGCAGAAUCAGAUAUGACAGGGAUUUGAAAUUUUUAGACCUGCUGAAGGUUGAUUUUAAUGUAGACGAAAUAUUUGUUGAUUCUCAGAAGAAGAUACAGGUAUUCUCAGUUCAUAGACGUUCCUGA